AUGAGUUCAGAAUUCUUCCACCGUCAAGGAGUGUUCAAACGUGUUCGAUCAGUGAUAAUUCGUCCUAGUCAGUCGCCUUCUUCAUCUGUUUCACGUGGGAUUCUGACGAGAAGUCUCAGUGCACGCGGGGAUGCUGAAAAGAGAAGAAGAACGAUUCUGAGGCGACAAAAUGCCAUAGAUGAUGAUGAUCAAGAGUAA